AAAAAAUAAUUCUAGUCAAAUUUUUCAAUUUUUGAAAAUUAUUAAUUUUAAGCAUUUUUCAUGUCACUGGUGCCGAGAGACUCAAGUCAAUGUUUUUCAGAACUGCCGGACUGUCUACUAGAGACUAUAUUCUCAUACCUAGGACUGUGUGAAAUAGCUAAUUGUGCGAGGGUUUGUAAGAACUGGAACAGGUACCUAGCUGAUGAGAAUAAUGACAUUUGGCGGCUGCAGUGUCUGAGAAAAUUAUCUGAAAAAGCCUUAAAGUCAGACCUCCUCCUUUCAGUUCCCACAUAUAAAGCUAAACUUCGAGCAUUUUAUCACGCUUGGAAUCCACUCGACUCAUCCAGACACAUUUAUAUCAAACCGAAUGCAUUCACACUUCAUAGAAAUCCAGUUGCACAGUCAACAGACGGAGCUAGAGCUAAAAUCGGGUUUGAGGCUGGAAGGCAUGUGUGGGAGAUCAUGUGGGAAGGUCCAUUAGGGACUGUUGCGAUUGUUGGGAUAUCUACGAAGGAUGCGAUUCUGCAGUGUCAUGGCUACGCACCACUCCUAGGCUGGGACGACCAAUCAUGGGGCUGGAAUCUAGUCGACAACUACCUUCUACACAACGGAGAUGCUGGGAACUUCCCAUUGUUGACAAAUGCCCCGAAAUAUCAAGUCGGAGAGAAGAUUAAAGUCAUUCUUGACUGUGAAACUCAUUGUUUGGCAUUUGAGAAAAAUAAUGAAUUUUUGGGUGUCGCAUUUCAUAAUUUGCCGAGUAAAAAGUUAUAUCCAACAAUAACAGCUGUUUAUGGCAAUACUGAAGUGUCAAUUGUGUACUGUGGAUAUCCUUUUGAUGGAUAAUUUUUGAGUUAUUGUGAAUCUAGUCAUUUUAAUUUGAUCUCAUUUAUUUAAAAAUAAAUUUUAAUUUAUUUCCAAAGAUUUUUUUUAUUCAACUUUUUGUGCAUUUUUUCUUCAUUUGCUUCACAAUUUUUUCAACUUCGUCUCGAUCAUACAAAAUCUUCUUUAAGGUACAAGAUUUCUCACGAAAAUUUAAGUACUGCAGCUUUUCAAGUCCAUCAAAAAUGUUUGGAUCAAUUUUUUUAAUUUUAUUCCCAUCCAGCCACAGCAGUUCCAACCUUUUAUUGAAUUCAAAUAAAUUCUCUUCAAGAACUUCGAUGUCAUUUU